AUGGGCGACCUGCCGCGGGACCCCGGCCACGUCGUGGAGCAGCUCAGCCGCUCUCUGCAGACCCUCAAGGACCGCCUGGAGAGCCUCGAGCACCAGCUCCGAGUGAACGUGUCGGCGGCCGCGUUGCCCAGCGACUUCCGAGAUGUGCUCCAGCGGCGGCUGGGGGAGCUGGAGCGGCAGCUGCUGCGCAAGGUGGCGGAGCUGGAGGACGAGAAGUCCCUGCUCCACAACGAGACCUCGGCUCACCGGCAGAAGACCGAGAGCGCCCUGAACGCGCUGCUGGAGAGGGUGACCGAGCUGGAGCGAGGCAAUAGUGCAUUCAAGUCCCCCGAUGCGUUCAAAGUGUCCCUCCCCCUCCGCACAAACUACCUGUAUGGCAAGGUCAAGAAGACGCUGCCCGAGCUGUACGCCUUCACCAUCUGCCUGUGGCUGCGGUCCAGCGCCUCGCCUGGCAUCGGCACCCCGUUCUCUUACGCGGUGCCCGGGCAGGCCAACGAGAUCGUGCUGAUAGAAUGGGGCAACAACCCCAUCGAGCUGCUCAUCAAUGACAAGGUUGCCCAGCUGCCCCUGUCUGUCAGUGACGGCAAGUGGCACCACAUCUGUGUCACCUGGACAACACGGGACGGCAUGUGGGAGGCCUUCCAGGAUGGGGAGAAGCUCGGCACCGGGGAGAACCUGGCCCCCUGGCACCCUAUCAAGCCGAGGGGUGUGCUGAUCCUUGGGCAGGAGCAGGACACCGUCGGGGGCCGGUUCGAUGCCACGCAGGCGUUUGUCGGGGAGCUCAGCCAGCUCAACAUCUGGGACCGCGUCCUCCGUGCCCAGGAAAUCGUCAACAUCGCCAACUGCUCCACGAACAUGCCUGGCAACGUCAUCCCCUGGGUGGACAACAAUGUCGACGUGUUUGGAGGGGCAUCCAAGUGGCCCGUGGAGACCUGCGAGGAGCGCCUCCUUGACUUGUAG